AUGCUGGGCUUGGUGCUUGACCUCUGGUCCGCUACGGUGUUGCUGAUGAAGGGUUGGCAAGUCAAGGACGGGCCCGUUAUUUCAGCUCCGUUGGAUCCCUACGUCAACACCUCGCCGGCUCCAAGGGUGCUGCAGAACCAGCUCGACAGCUUGCUCGAGCGACACAUUGUCGAGGUCGAAGGCGCCUUUCUCACCCUACUCCAGACGACCUUUGAACAGCGGCGGUCAGGCGAAAGCAACAUGAAGACGGCGUUCGCCGCAGCUCUCAUCUUCCUGCGGAUAAUAGAACGAGAUACCUGGAGGCUGAUGUACUGGAUUCGGCAUAAGGAAAAGGCAUACCAGUGGCGACAUCCAGACUCUCCAACAACGCUCAUUGAACGCAACAUCUUCUGCGCCAACUGUUAA